UAUUCGCUGUGCGUUCUGUUCCGUGCCGCUUGAGUGUAAGGGCGCGUGUGUGUGAGGAGGUGAAGAAGAGGAAGCAAGAAGGAAGCCGCAAAAGGAAAAUCCAAUUCCGAGAAAUCUUAUCAAUGAGCCAAACACUAAUUGAAAAAUAAUCGAGAUGCGUGUGUUUAAAUAGAGCAAAAAUAGUUUCUAGUUUUUUUCGGCAUUUCUGUCCGCUCUUUAAUCGGUCUGUUUCGGUGCGUGUGAGUGUGUGUGUGUGUCACCACGCCUACACUGGAAAUGGCAGCAACGGUUUACCAACGCCUACAUAGCGUCGCCGUCGGCGUCGGCAGCGCAGUUGGCAGCGGAUCGGCUUCCCUUUCAGGAUCCGGAUCAGGGUCGGGAUCGGGAGCAGGCCCCGGAAAUACCUCCUCCUCCGCCCUCCUCAGCCAUUCUCAACUGACGCGCUCGCUUGAACGAAUCCUGGAAGAGGCACACUUCAGCGGCGAACUGAUCCUGACCAAUCGAAAACUUAAGGACUUUCCCAGAUCGGGAACGAAGUAUUCCCUCACGGACACUGUCAUCGCAGAUCUGUCCCGGAAUAGAUUCGCCGAGCUGCCCGAAGAAGUCACGACGUUUGCCUUCUUGGAGACCCUACUGCUGUAUCACAAUACAAUUCGAAGCAUUCCGGAAUCGGUGAAGCAGCUAUCCUCGCUAACAUAUUUGGAUCUGCGCAGCAAUCAGCUAUCCACGCUUCCGCGGGAGAUUUGUUUUCUGCCCCUUCAGGUUCUUCUGGUUUCCAACAAUCGAUUGGCCUCGUUACCAGAUGAACUGGGUCGAUUGGAUCAAACCCUGACCGAUCUGGAUGCUUCGUAUAAUCAGCUGGCCAACUUACCUGCUCGCUUGGGGGAACUAAGAUCUCUACGUUCGCUUUCUUUGAGGAGCAAUCUCUUGAUGUAUUUGCCCAGGGAGUUAACCUGUUUAAGUUUAAUUUCUCUGGAUGUAAGCAACAAUAAGAUUGCUAGUCUUCCGCUCGAGAUUCGUCACAUGAGCACUUUGGUGGAGCUGCAACUGGAGAAUAAUCCUCUGACCACGCCACCAGCUAGUCUCUGCAUGCGCGGUCUGGUGCAUGUUUUCAAGUUUCUGGAGACGCAGGCCACCAAGGACGAGAAGGGUUCCCGGACAGGAGGCAACUAUGAUGGAUACACCACUUUGCGGAGAGCUCCUCGCCACAAUUCCAGCGGCAACGUCCUCGAAGCCAGCACCAGCAGUAACAACCAGCGAAGACAUCAGGUUGACUCGGGUUAUAGCACCAGCGAUGGUCUGGACAAGCGCUGGUCGCACGAUGUUCCAGCCAAAUCAAAAACGGAUUCACCGCUGCACUGUGUCUCCAAUUCCGCGGCUGCCACUUUGCCCAGGACGAUGCCAAGUGCGGUACAUUCUCAUGCCGAUCUAAUGGAUGCAUCCCUCACCUCCAGCACUAGUACGAUUGUGGAUGAGAGUCUCACCCUGAGUCCCACUGCAUCGCCCUGCAAAUUGACGUAUGCGCACUCGAAUAGCUCCAGUAAUGGAUCGUCGCCGGAUCAGGAUGAGGACAUCAUGCUGGACCACCAGGAGGGCACUGUUCAUCCCUCUAAUGGAAAGUCCGGAAAGACCCUCGGCAAUAUUCAGACCUACAAGGAGUACAAGGAGGCCUUGAAACAGCAGCGCAACCAGGAGAUUAGCGUCUACAAGCAGAAGCAUCCGAAUGCCAACCACAGUCCCAAUGACGACGAGGAUCUAUCACCAUCGCCGCCAGGCAAUUUGAACGGAUCUUCCUCAAACACACUGCCAAAGUCCAUUAUGAAACAGAACAGCAGCCAAAGCAGUCACAACGGAAACGGAAAUGGAAACGGAAACGGGAAUGGAGUCGAUGAUGUUGUCAUACCAAAGAAACCCAUCCAGAAGGUUAUACCCUCUCGGAAUACGGAAAUAAAGCCGCCAUCCGCAUCUGGCAUUCCCUCUGCCAUUACAUCGGAUUGUUUGGGCUACGUGAAGCCACAGAGUCCGAUGAAGAAUGGCACAAAUAAAUUCAAUUCGUCCAACGGUGGAGGAGUGCCACCAGCUGUGGGAAUCGCAAGCAGCACCACCAUUAAAUCACCAGUCAGCUCCACCACCAAACUGGGCACAGUCAAGACACACCGAUCGGUGACCUGGAACCAUGAUAUUCCCGCUGAGAAGCUGAGCUUCACCAUGCGACGGGAGUUCGAUCGCCAGAGGGAGGAAACCGAACUGAUGUCCCAGUUAAGGAUUAUCAUUGAAACGCGUUUGAAAAUGACGUUGCCUGUGGAUAUGGCCUCAGCUCUAACGGAUGGUGUCAUUCUGUGCCAUUUGGCUAAUUAUGUGCGCCCGCGUUCAGUGGCCAGCAUUCAUGUGCCAUCUCCUGGUGUGAACAAGUUGACCAUGGCCAGGUGUCGUCGCAAUGUGGAUAAUUUUUUGGAGGCAUGUCGUCGCAUAGGGGUUGAUGAGGAGUUGAUUUGCUCCUGUGAAGAUGUUGUGCCACAAGUUGAACCGCAACAACCACAAUUGCCACGUGCUGACGAUGACUAUGAUGCUGAUGUGUAUGUCCAAGAUGAUGGCAACAUCAGCAGCAGCGACAGCAACACACAAUGCAGCAACGAUGACAGCGGCAGGAGCAACCAUGUUGACAUAGUUCCCAAUGCAUUGGCCCUACUGCGCACAGUGUCCGCUCUGAUUGCCCUGGAUGAUAAUCCCUAUCAUCAGCAGCUUCAUCAUCAUCUUCAGCUGCAACAGCAAUCGGUUGUUGUUGGAGAGCAGCUGCAGCUGCAACACUUCGAGCAAGAGCAAUUCAAUGAGCCAACUACCUGCAGCCAACGGCAAGAACAGAUGUUGCUGUUGCAGCAGCAACAGCAGCAGCUAGAGCAUGUUUUGUAUGAGAAUGGCCAGCCAAGGGCUGAAAAUGAUGAUGGGGUUGAGGAUCGCGAUGAUGAUGUAGGCAAACGGCAGCAGCAACUGGCAACAGUGGGUCAAAUGCUGCUAAAGGCUAAGCAAAAAACCUAUGAGAAAAUCAAGCACAAUCUACUGAGUGCCCAUGGUCAGCACAAUUUCCAGGGUAACAAUAAUAAUAGAAUGUUGCACACGAUUGUGGAGAAUGACCACGAUGUGGCCGCCGCAGGACCGGCGGGUCAUUAUCAAAUUAUCGACGAAAAACAGGAACAGCCCCAGCAGCAACAGCAACAAUCAGAGGAUUUAAAAGAUGCAGGAUCACUGGCCAGCGCAACCAAGGAAGCCAUCAGCAAGCGCAUCGAAUUUUUCGAGCAGCAAAAAAGUGGCAAAGUGGAGGUCUUCAGCAUUUAUUUACCCAAGGAGAAAAACAAGCAACUUGAGCAGAAAAUAAAAUCGAAGACCAAUGAAGCUGGAACUUCAAUAUUAAAGCACGAUUCCCACACCUUGACAGUGAUCCUGUCGUGCGUUUUCAUAGCCACCUUCCUGUGGCUGGUCUUCUUUCCGCUGCCCGGCUAGUCUAUAUAGUAUAGCUUCGAUGUGUAUGCCUUGGUUUGCCAGUAGAAUUAAGAUCGAAAAAUGAGAGUUGAGCCAGCUAUUGCGCUUAUACACUUGGUAGUGAGUUUAUGAGGCUGCUUUUGUUUAACGCUUCUUUAGGCUUACACUCCAUAUUUAUGAAACAUUCUAUUUCUAAAUUGUAAUCUAAGAAACUCAAAUCCCCCCAAAGGACAACACAACAAACAGGCAUCUUUUGAGGCAUUUAAUUGAGAGACAACCCAAAGACUUUGAAAAUGUAAUCAAUUUCAGGCUCGUAUUUCUCUAUGAUUAGUUAGGGGUAUGCAUAUUUAUGGACAAAACUUCUACUACUUAAAUACUAAAAAUUUAAGUUCCACAAAUAAUACAAAUGCUCCUUUUUAACCUAAAAGUUUUAACCUAAAGUUCCUUCGAAACAAUAUUUUCUAUACUUUUUAUUGUUUUUUUUCAUUAAAUAAUUUAUUAAAUAUUUAUAUUAUGACGCUAAUAAAAUAUUUACUAUGUAGGUAUCUUACAAUCAUCAUGACCUAAUCAUUAAGUCAUCAUUAGUUAUGACAACUAUUAGUAAUAUUAUCAUUUACCAGAUUUGAUAAUCAACAUAAACUAUUUUUAGAUUCUUGAAUAAAAUUCUUAUUUUUUAUAUCACUUACAUUAUGCUAAAACUUGACUAUUUACAAAGUUACCUUUCAAAGAUUUCAAUUGUGCAUACCCUUAAAAAAAAGAGCCGUUUAUAUACAAACCCGUAAAAAUCACAUAUUCCUAGUUCAUGAAAAAGCUAUUGAACUCUAAACUGCAUUAAGAAUAAAAAUACAAAUUUUUAUUUGCUUAACUAUGUGUUAAGUCGUGUCGAACUGAUUGAAAAACAAUUACCAAAACGCUUCAUUUCAUUAUAUUUACUUAUACCAUUAUUAAAACACAUGAUUGACCUAAGUUACAACGAAACUAAUUUUAUGUAAGUUCCAUUCUGGCAAAAAAAAAGACAAAUGAAAACGUAAAAUAUAUAUAGUUAGAUGAUAAGAUAUAUACCAAUUAGUUGUUUAAGAUGAUAAAAAAGGAAAGAGACUUGUUACAGUUUGAUGGACAAUUAAUUCUGGUAGUUAUUGAAAAAAAAGCUACUGGAGGAAGUUGGAGUUGUAUGGUUUUACUUGAAGCAGGGACACUCAAAAUAGUUGUAGAAAUGCGUAAAACAGUUAUAGAAUGAAGUUAAAAAUCUGUAGCCAAACAAUUUCAAUAAAACACUUCUUUUUUUUUGCAAGUGCACACAAUAUUUGACGAUAUUAAUUUAGUGAUUUCUUUGCAGCUUAAAUUUUAUGGCAAUAAUCACGUCAAAUUUAAACAAUUAAAGUCUGCUUCAGUAUUUUUUUUGCAAAAUUUCAAAGCCAUCUAAAAAAUAUAACGUAAUUGGAACUUCCUCAAGUACUUUUAAUGUACAAAAUACAUGUGAAAAAGAAAACCGUAACAAAAUCUAAACAAGUUUUUUAAAAUACAUCACCAAACAUCACUUACAUUUUUGAAAAAAUUUAAACGCGCAGAAUUUCACAUAAAAAAGACCAUUCAAAUACAAAUAAUAAUCACAAAACAGUGCCUUUGACUGGAUAUCGGCGACAGUCUAGUCUGCCUAUAACCAAUAGCAAUAUCGUAGCUAUUCUUGCUAUCUAAAGCAAUUAAUUGUCAUUAAUAAAUUUCUCAUGAGUUACUGGACGCUUUUCCUUACCAAUUUUGUUUACGAACAAGUUUAUUUAAUUAAACUUUAAAUGUGCUAACAACAUUCCUAACAUUAAAACAUAUUUAUUUAAUUUAUGAAUA